CAAUACUCUUAACAAGUAACAACGCUGAAUGCAUUAAAGGCUUCUCAUCCCAUUCCCAGCCAUUUUCGCAUAUAUUGUCCUCAGAAUCCUGCAAAUCCGCCCGCUUUCUUCUUCUUCUUCUUCUUCUUCUUCUUCUUCUUCUUCUUCAUGUGUCGUUUCUAAUAAUGCUGCCAAACUACGAAACCUCCUUGACGAGUCUUGCCUCUUUCAUUGCCUUCUCCUCUCUGUAACUCUCAUCUCGUGCAAGCAUUCUGUCGGUGGACUCCAACUUGAUGGAGUGUUCGAGCACAGUAGCAACAGCCUUGCAGAAGGCGUCGUCGCUUCUUCUCUUCGCAUCGCUGCUUUCCACUUGUUUCACGGACUUCAGAUCCGUCGCCAAACUUCUGCCCCAAGAAGAAGUGGAAGCUCUUGAGACAAUAGCAACUAAACUGCAGAUCAAACAUUGGAAUCUAAGCAGAAGUUUUUGCGGCAGUGGUCGAGUUCUGAAUGUCACUGUUCCUGACUGGAUCUUCAGCAACGUCUCUUGCAAUUGCAAUGACACUGUCUGCCAUGUUACCAACAUCCAGAUGAAGCGUCUUAAUUUAACAGGAAGUCUACCAGAAGAAAUCAGUAAUCUUAGACAUCUGCAAGAAAUAGAUUUCUCUCUCAACUAUGUCACCGGAUCCAUUCCAGCAACAUUUUCUAAACUCCCUCUAUCCAUUUUGUCCCUUCUGGGAAACCGCAUUAGUGGUUCACUUCCAAAGGAAAUUGGAGACAUUGCUACCCUGGAGGAGCUGGUGUUGGAAGACAAUGAGCUUGGAGGACACCUUCAUCCAAAUCUUGGAAGUUUGACCCAUUUGAGAAGACUCGUUCUUUCUUCAAACAAUUUUGUAGGAACAAUUCCAGAGACUUUCAGCAACCUAAAGAACUUGACGGACUUUAGGAUAGAUGGGAACAAACUAUCUGGGAAGAUCCCGGAUCUGAUUGGUAACUGGACAAAAGUUGACAGGCUGGACAUGCAAGGCACAUCCAUGGAUGGCCCAAUUCCUUCGUCCAUUUCCCUCCUAAAAAACAUAACUUCAUUGAGGAUAUCUGACCUGAACGGAUCAAUAAUGAAAUUUCCUAAUCUGCAGGAGAUGAAAGAGUUAGAAAUUCUGGUACUAAGAAAUUGCUUUAUCACUGGUCCAAUUCCGAAUUACAUUGGUGAAUUGCCUAAAAUAAAAACUCUAGACCUGAGCUUUAACAUGUUGACUGGUCAAAUUCCAGGGACACUUCAGGGUUCAGAUCUAGAUUACAUGUUUCUGAAUCACAACUCACUCAGUGGAGAAGUACCCAAUUGGAUUAUAAACAGCAAAAACUAUAUUGAUAUAUCUUACAACAACUUCACAAAGUCAUCUCCAUAUGGUUGCCAACCAUCAAGUGUGAAUUUAGUUUUGAGCCAUUCAUCUGCAGAGAGCAACUUAAUUGAGUGGUGCUUGAGGAAGGACCUCCCUUGCUCCAGAAAACCCGAGUACCAUUCUUUAUUCAUUAAUUGUGGAGGUGGCAAAAUAACUUUUGAGGGGAAUGAAUAUGAAGAGGACUUAGCCACAGAGGGUCCAUCAUACUUUUUCCCGUCUUCACAAAAAUGGGCUUAUAGCAGCACAGGAGUUUUCAUGGGGAAGAGCGAUGCAAGUUACAAAGCAGACAAUGAAUUAUCUUUGAACUUGACUGACCCAGACUUCUACAAAACAGCCCGCCUAGCCCCUAACUCACUGAAGUACUAUGGACUUUGCUUGCAUUCAGGAAGUUAUAGAGUGCGCCUUCAUUUUUCUGAAAUAAUGUACACUGGUGAUCAUACAUUCAGCAGCCUUGGGAAACGCAUCUUUGACGUGUCAAUCCAAGGCAAUGUAGUUCUGAAGGAUUUUAACAUUAUGGAGGAAGCUAAAGUUGUUGGCAAAGGCAUAACCAAGGACUUUAGCGAUGUCUUUGUUAAUGGUAGCACUUUGGAGAUCCACCUGUACUGGUCAGGGAAAGGGACCACUGCAAUUCCUGACAGAGGUGUUUAUGGACCUCUUAUAUCGGCUAUCACAGUGACGCCGAAUUUUGAUGUUCACACUGCAGGACUAUCUGUUGGAAUUAUUGCUAGCAUUGUGGCUGCUUUGUGUGUGCUCCUUGCAUUUAUACUUGUUACCUUACGAAUGAAAGGUUACCUUGGGGGAAAAAACCCUAAAGAUGAAGAACUUCAAGCACUUGAUCUGCCAACAGGUUAUUUCACAUUAAGACAGAUAAAGGCUGCAACUGGUAAUUUUGACCCUGUAAACAAAAUUGGUGAGGGUGGAUUUGGGCCUGUUUACAAGGGUAUGCUGUCAGAUGGCACUGUAAUUGCUGUUAAACAGCUGUCAUCCAAAUCAAAGCAAGGAAAUCGUGAAUUUGUCAAUGAGAUAGGCAUGAUAUCUGCAUUGCAACACCCAAAUCUUGUCAGACUCUAUGGCUGUUGUAUUGAAGGAAACCAGUUGUUGCUAAUAUAUGAAUACAUGGAAAAUAAUUGUCUUGCCCGUGCACUCUUCGGUGAGAAACGUAGUAUAGAACUUGACUGGCGAACAAGAAAAAAGAUAUGCUUAGGGAUAGCAACGGGCUUAGCUUAUCUUCACGAGGAAUCGAGGCUGAAAAUUGUACACAGAGACAUCAAGGCCACAAAUGUGUUGCUCGAUAAGGAUCUGAAUGCUAAGAUUUCUGACUUUGGUUUAGCCAAGCUUAACGAAGAGGAGAACACCCAUAUCAGCACACGGAUUGCCGGAACCAUAGGAUAUAUGGCUCCUGAGUAUGCGAUGAGGGGCUACUUGACAGAUAAAGCAGAUGUUUAUAGCUUUGGUGUUGUUGCUAUAGAGAUUGUCAGUGGGAAAAGCAACACAAAUUACAGGCCAAGGGAGGAGUUUGUUUACCUUCUCGAUUGGGCUUAUGUCCUACAAGAGCAAGGAAACCUUUUAGAACUAGUAGAUCCGAGUCUUGGUUCAAAGUACUCGGAAAAGGAGGCAAUGGACAUGUUGAACGUGGCUCUUUUGUGUACCAAUCCAUCUCCCACUCUCAGGCCAUCCAUGUCUUCUGUAGUGUCUAUGCUUGAAGGAAAGAGUCCCAUACAAGCACCACUGAUCAAGCGUAGUUCUAUGAAUGAUGACUUGAGGUUUAAAGCCUUCAAGAUGCCUUCACAUGAAAGCCAAAGCUACACCUCGACAUUCUCUGAAGAUAUUGAAAUUAGGAGGAACAUAUUGAUGGAUGGACCAUGGAUUGAUUCCUCAAUUUCCACCGAAAAUAAGAAUGAGAUCCGAGACCAUCUUCCAUUAAAAGUUUCUUCCACAUCCUCAUGAUGUAAAUUUAGACUAAUUAGUGGAUGUCUUAUAUAGUCGUUCAAAGGAUGGUGUUUAUUUCGUAGUCAAACUUUAAUUGUAUGGAUUCUUCUACAAAUGGCAUUUGUGAUACUUAAGUAAGUGAAUUUUGGUUGUCUUUUUUUUA